AAGCAAGACAAAGCCGUUGGUAGUCAUUGUGCGUUUGAUGAAAUCAAGGAGCUUUUGAAAGCGCCAUGUUAAAUUUCCAGCCUUCCGCGCAUGGCUCCGUGUUUGCGACGGUGCGGGGACGCGUUAUUUGCUACAAUGCAGACACAAAGACUGGCGCUGUGGCAACGAGCAUGCCCGGCGGGAUGGAGGAGGCCUACCUGCACAAAGAUUACGUCUUCCCACCGCUACCUGCCGGCCUCGAACUGUGCGUGGGCCUCGAAGUUGUGUACGAGCACCACCGGCCCUCGCGGCCGUGCACAGCCACCCGGGCCUACGCAUAUAACGUUCGCGUGAUCACACCGCUGCCCUGGGCGCCGCCACCCUCCCAGUACGGCAUGCAGCUGUGGCAGCAGCAGCAGCAGCAGCAGCAUCCAGCCAGGACGGCAAUGCAACCCGCAGCAACCCAUUCGGGCCAACCCCAGCUGGCGCCUGGCGCUUUGGGCACGCGAGGGCCCUCGGCAGCAGCGGCGCCGCAGCCGUUGGGGCAACGCCAGGUUCAGGACGGGUAUGGGGCCGGCAGGACGGUGUUGCCCCGUGGCCUGCCCGGCACCUGUGUCAACAGCAGCUCCACUCACACCGCCGCAACCUCCACCACCACUGCCAGUGGAGUGCACUCAGGGCAGCUUGUCGGUGCAGCCCCCGGCUGCUGCGCGGCCUCCCGGCAUGCGACCUGCAGGGGCGACAAUGUCGCUGGGCGGGUCAAUGGCGCCCACGGUGCUGGCAGGCAGUGGCGCGGCGGCGGCUGCUAGGGCCGUGUUCUUGCGGUGCGGCCCACGCGGUGCCCCCCUCCUGAGUUGCACUGUGGCGGGCGUGAAGGCCCAGGAGCGGCAGCAGGCGCAGACCCAGCACCGGGGCCCACAGCAGGUGCCCCCGGCUAGCUCCAGCAGGGGUUGGUGGCCGAGUGCAGACGAGUGGGCCAGCGCCCGUGGCGGCGGCCGCAUCAGCGCGCCCCAGCCGGCACCGCAGAUCCGACCGCUGCCAGGCACCCGGGUCCUGCCUGCUGCUGAGGCGGGGCAUGCGGGGCGCCGGCCGCUGCCUGAUCGGGCACCGCCCUCCCUCACAGCAGCACCGCUGCCGCCUCCUCCUCCACCGCUGCUGCAGCCGCGGCCGGCCGCCGGGCCUAGCGUGGCUGGCACUGCGGCCGCCGCUCAGGCUGUGACUGCCGGCUGGCUUCUGGCGGGCGAUGGCUGGGGCCCGCUGGGUAGCAGAGGCAGCCGGCCAGCGGCGGCCGAAGACUUGAGCCGCAGGCCCACAGGCGGCGGCCUAGCUCGUCUGUACGAGGACCACAGCCUCAGCAGUGACGACGACGUCGGCGCAGGCGACGGCGAUGGCGGUCGCGGCGGGUAUGGCGGCCGGCAGGGUGGUAAUGGUGGCGGCGGCCGUCACGGUGCGCGUGGCAGCGGCGGUGGUGCUGGCGCAGGAGGCAACGGCCGGGGUGGGGCAUUGUUAGUUGACCUUACCGGGUCGGGCGGCGAGGAGGACGGUGAUGGCGAGGAGGGCGAGAUCCCCACCGGCCUUUCCUCAGUGGCAAUGACAGCGACAACGACAGCCAAUGGUGGCAGCAGCAGCGCGCAGGGACUACGUGCGCCCGAUGGCAGCCGCGGCCUCAGCCGCCACGGCGGCAGCGGCGGCGGCGGCGGCGGCGGCUGUGACCUGGCGGACGAGUUUCAUCGGCUGCGCCUUUGCCAGCCUGAGGCGCCCCGGCACCACCACCCGCACUACCACCACCGCAGCCACAGCCGCAAUGAGCACUACCGCGGGCUGCGCGAUGGCCAUGACCCACAUCACCACCACCAGCACCCGCAGUGGCACCGAAACCGCGAUCGCAGCCGCGACCGCAGCCACGAUCGGUGGCACGUAACCGCGCGACAGGGGUAUGGGCCGCCGUGGGGGAAAGCGGCGGAGUCUGCUGUUGCCGCCGCGGCCUGGGCCGCGUUGCACAGCCGGCCCCGCAGCCCACAGCGGCAGACAGUGUCUGGCAAGGCGCUGGCGUGUGGCCCGGAGGCCGCUCGCGGCCGCAGCCCGCAGCGCAGGGGCGGGGCGCCGCACCAGCCACCACAACCACCGCCGCAGCAGCAGCAGCAGCAGCAGCAGCAGCAUAGGCCUGCACAGCUCAGCGGGCUGCCGCCGCCUGUCGCGAAGCUGCAGGAACCUGCUGCUCCCAAGACGAUGCAGGGCUCGCAGCCCCAAGGUACAGGGCCGCAGGCGGUCAUGCCAGCUGCAGCUACAGCGGCCCUGCAGCGCAAGACACGGCGUCGCAGGCGCGCGGGCGGCGGCGGGGACGGCGGCAGAGCUGCUGAUGCCAGCGGCCAGGCGCAAGGUGGUGGGCCUGUCGGCGUCCAGGUGCAGGAUGGGCGGCGGCGGGUGGUGUCGAUGGCCGCGGUGCUGGCGGCAGCGGCGCAAGUGCGGCAGCGGCGGCGCAGCAGCAUCGCGUGCGGUCUGGACGGCCCGGCGGCGGCGUUAAGGGCUGCAGCGCUAGUCACACGCAGCCGGGCUUCUAACGCCCAGGUCAUGUCGGAUUCCGACUCCGAUGACGACACCUCGCCACCAGAGGGCCUCAACCGCCCCAGCUGCCAAUUCGGCAGUGGCAGCUCCGGUGCCUCGGGGGCACAUGCCGCCUCCAGCGCAGCCACCGCCUCCAGCCAGGCUCAACCGCAGCAGCUGGCCAGGGACGCGCUGCCAAGCACUGGUGCCGCUGAUGCCAGCAAGCCCACCGCGCCGGCCGCACGUCCCCAGGGUAGCCAAGCGGCGAUUGUGGGAGCGCCGGGUUCACGCAAACCACCGCGCGCGCUGCAGGACUCUGAGUCAGAGGGAGAGGACGUCGAGGAUGGCGAGUACGUUGGCAGCGGCAUGUCGCCCGCGCCGGCCGCCCGAUCCAACGCUGCAGCCCGGGCCAGCGCAGACGGACAGGCAGGUGUGCCGGUGCGCGAGCGCAGCUCCAGCGCCGGCAGUGACAUGAGCAGCGGCAGCAGCGUGGGUGCUGGCCCGUGCGCCCCGCACCUGGGCCUUUGGAAUAGGGAGGGAGCGUAUGGGAGCAGGGGCAGCAACGGCGGCACCAGUACCAGUGGGGCCGAGUACGACCGCACCAAGUACGCCACGGCUGCGGCUGGUGCGGUGGCUGCGGUGUCGAGGAGCAGCGGCAGGACGGCCGCCGGGGUGACUGUGGCUGAGGCGGCAGCCGGCCAACAGGCCGGCGGCGUGGGAGCCGCAGUCAGCACCGGGAUGGCCAAGCCCACGGGCCCGGUGCCAGGCGCACAGGCCAUGCGGCUUUUCUGCGGCCACUGCGGCAAGGAGCAGACGUGGGACGUGGACGGCAGCCGCGCCCGGCCGCUGCCCGACCCCGCCGCGCCCGACGGCCACAAGCGCACACGCGAUGGCAGCCGCCUGCUGUUCGACGCCAAGGGCGCGGCGUGCGGGCACUGCGGCUGCCUGGCCAUGACCAGCCCGCUCAGCGCGGUGUGCAGCUACUGUGACGCCAUCAUGAGCGGAUUCAGGCCCACCUACUGGAAGUGUGUCAAUGUGGAUGGCACCGCGCGGCGUCGUGUGAUGGGGGGCGCAUCGGCCGGCAGCAGCGCUGCCUCCAAGGCGGCUGGAAAGGCAUCGGCACAGGGCGACAAGGAGGGAGCGAGCGGGGCCACGGCAGCAGCGGCGGCCGGUGCGGGCGCGGCGGCCUCGUCCGCGGCCCCGCUGCGCGCUUGCGAGUACUCCCGCACGUGCCCCAUGUGUGAGCAACACGACUACCGCUACCCGGGCAAGCCACGCUGUCGCUGCCCGCGCCUGCACGGGGCCAUCGCCGGCCAGGUCACAGGCAACAAGGCGGGUCACCUGGGCUGGGUGGUGGUGCACUGAGCAGCUGGCCAGGGCGCAGCGGUGAAGUCAGCCAGAGGUGGGAGUGGAAAUGUGAUGAUGACAAAUGGCGUUUGCAGUCCGUGCUUACUUCGGCGCAUGAGCAUCCGGAACGCAACUGUAUGGCGAACUAUGAGGCUGUGAGCUGUUUGCGUAGUCCACUAACGAGAAAGUGUGCGUGGGUGGGGGCUGGUUUGGGUUUGGGGUGUCUAGUUGCUACUGGCACUACGGACGCGGGUGGGGACUCGAUGUGUAGGUGGGCUGUAUGGCGGGGGUACAUCUGAUCUCAGGAAAGGCAGCUCCGCACUGUGCUUAUAACUUUAGUGCUGGGCCAGGCCAUACGGGCGGCGUGGGUACGGCGUGCCCCCGCUUGUCGGGCUGUCCCUUCACUUGUAAUCCGCAUCCAUU